GCUGUUGCUGCAGACUAACUUCACUUCCUCAGCUCAGCAGCAGACCAGCUCCUCCCUCCAGAACCAACUAUGGCCAACAAAUGUGCCCAAAAUGACCUCCCAUCAGAAUCAAACAUAUACAAUAACGAGGAAUUCCGGAUUGUGUUGGUGGGGAAGACCGGAGCUGGGAAGAGCGCCACAGGAAACACCAUUCUGGGAAAAGAGCACUUUAUAUCAAAGUGCUCUGCUAAAUCUCUGACUGUAGACUGUGGUAAUGCCUUUGGGGAAGUUGAUGGACAAAGAGUUAAGGUUAUUGACACUCCUGGUCUGUUUGACACCAAGAUUGAAGAAGAGAAGACCAGAGAGGACGUUGUGCAGAGCAUUUCUUAUGCUGCUCCUGGACCCCAUAUCUUCCUGGUCGUCAUCAGACUCGGCAGAUUCACAAAUGAAGAAAAGCAGACAGUGCAGACGAUUCGGGAAAUCUUUGGAGAGGAAGCGAACAGAUACAGCAUGGUUCUCUUUACCCAUGGUGAUCUGCUAGAAGACCAACCUAUCGAAGAGUUCUUGAAGGAUGAUGAAGAGCUGCAGGAACUUGUGAACAGAUGUAACGCCCAGUACCACGUCUUCAAUAAUAAGUUGGAGGAUCGUUCUCAGGUCAGAGAGCUGCUCGACAAGAUCAGAAACAUAGCAGAGAAGAACGGAGGAAGCCAUUACACCACUGAAAUGUUCCAGAAGGCAGAGAGGGCCAUAGAAGAGGAGAAACAGAGAAUCCUUAAAGAGAGAGAAGAGGAAAUACGCAAAAAGGAAGAGGAAUUUCAAAUGAGAUUAGAUCAAAAGUAUGAGGAACAAUUGAAGAAAAUCAAAGAGGAUGGUGAGAGGUCAGACAGGCAGAUAGAAGCUCAUGAAAGAGAAAUGGAGGAGGAGAGGAGGAGAAUGAGAGAAGAGGAGGACAGGUUGAGAGAAGCUCAUGAAAGAGAAAUGGAGGAGGAGAGGAGGAGAAUGAGAGAAGAGGAGGACAGGCAGAUAGAAGCUCAUGAAAAAGAAAUGGAGGAGACGAGGAGAAUAAGAGAAGAGGAGGAAAGGCUGAGAGAAGCUAAUGACAUGGAAAUGGAGGAGGAGAGGAGGAGAGAAGCUAGCAAAACUGAAAUGGAGGAGGAGAGGAGAAUGAAAGAAGAGGAGGAAAGGCUAAAAGCAGCUAAUGAAAGAGAAAUGGAGGAGGAGAGGAGGAGAGAAGCUAGCAAAAGAGAAAUGGAGGAGGACAGGACGAGAAUAAGAGAAGAGGAGGACAGGCUGAGAGAAGCUAGCAAAAGAGACAUGGAGGAGGACAGGACGAGAAUAAGAGAAGAGGAGGACAGGCUGAGAGAAGCUAGCAAAAGAGACAUGGAGGAGGAGAGGACGAGAAUAAGAGAAGAGGAGGAAAGUUUAAAAGCAGCUCGUGAAAGAGAAAGGGAGGAGGGGAUGACGAGAAUAAGAGAAGACGAGAAAAAGAGGGCCAGGAAGGAUGCUGAGGACAGCUCUUCAAUAUUUGGCAUAAUUGCUUCCGCUGUGGGAAAAGGUGUGAUCGCUGUGGGAAAAAGUUUGAUCGCUGUGGGAAAAGGUUUGGGAGAAGGUGUGAGAUCUUUGCUUCCUAGGAAGCCAUGAUACAAUCUGACCCUCUGGAAUACCUCCUUGUUAAUCUUCACAGUCCCCUUUUUGAUUUUGUUGUUUGAUGUGAUUUAUAGUAAUAUCAGUUAUUUCAGUGGUGAGUUACAAUUACAUACUAAUAAGGUGACAGAUUGUGAAGAACCAAGAUGUUAACGUUCUAAACUAUAGUAAUGUACUGUACACUAAUUUGUUCUUUGAUUGCUUUUACAAGAAAAAAGAGCAAUAUAUACAUCAUGAAUUAAUGCUUUUAAAAUUGUAUACGGAUGCAUUUUCUUUGGCUUUCCUGCAACUGAAGGCGUAAUGUCAAUGUUGGGUUUUGUAAAAACGAAAGGUUAAAAUCUACAUUUGUAAUGAAUUUUGUAAUUCAAUAUGAAAAGGUUGGAACUCAAAUGAAUGUGAAAAGACAAAUAUCUAUCUAUCAAUAAUGUCUCAUAAUAAAAUAAUGUUGAGUUCACAUUGAGUGUGUUAUGUAAUUUGUUGUUUAAUAAACGUUUUAAAAGUGA